CACAUGCAGUUUGUGUUUUGAAAUAAAUUUGCACUCGACCUGUGUGCAAAUUUCUCGCGAUCGGGCGGAAUUUUUGCCUGUUGACUUGUCACGAUCGGAUGCACAUGCUGGCGGUGAAGAGUGUCAACGGGCCAUGGAACAACUACAGAGGAGUGAUCGUGAUCACUGUCACAACUGUGGCUGGAAUCGGUCUCCUCAGAAUGCUUGCAAGUUAUUUCAAAAGAAGAAGGCCGGUGACGACAGAUAGAAGCCGUCCCAAUUACGGAGCUUCAGAACAAGGAGCUCCGUCGGUGAUCAGCGCCGCCAGCAGCCGGAGAGCUGCAAGUUUGUACCGCCAAAUGUCCACAGUUGGUGACAGAAUGUCCAUCACUGUCCCGGGCACUGCUCUGGACAGCGGAGACUUCAGAACUGGGUUUGGCGAGGAGCAACUCACGCCUCAACAAUUAGGAGCCAUGGGAAUGGAGGCUGUAGAAACGGCCAUCAACUUUUGGGAGGACGCGCUGGAAGCGUACAGAAAUUUGUCCAAGGAAAACAGGGGCGCCCUCGCGGUGACCACUGCCGAGGAGGCCGAAUUCACGCGAGACCUGCAGAAUUUACUCGACGCAGCUUACAAACUGCAGUCGGACUCGGAGCUGCUCUUCCUUGACCAAAGAUCGGUCUUGUUCCGAACGGACAGCUCGGUGGCCGACAGCAGGCGGACGAGGUCAAGGUCGAGCUGGUCCUCGAAGGACUCGUUUGUUUCUGCACAAGAUGAGAUUGCCGACCUACGAGAUUUGGAGGAGUUCAACGACAUCCCUGACCUGGACUCUAUGCCACUUUAUCAGUCAGCUUGGACACAAUUUCAAGAAAAUAAUGGCAUCCCUUACAGAUGUUUGAGGACGGACUUGGUGCGGUGUUUGUCGGCUGAGGAGUAUCAAUGCAAACUGCACUGCAUCCGGCUUGCCUUCAAGUGGCUCCUCCAAGUGCCGGAAAACCAGCUCUGGCUGGUGGACACAGGUCGUCAAGUGCUGGCCGACCUCAUGAUUAACGCCGACAAAGACCCGAGGGACUUUUUAAUAGCCUACGAGGACAUGAUCCAAUACCUGGCCGAAGAAUCCAACUGGAAAGACCUGGAGGUCGAAAUGAACGAAAGGGACGUCAAGGCGCUGACCUUCUUUGAUAUAGCCCUCGACCUCAUCCUGAUGGACGCUUUCGAUGACCUGGACGCUCCUCCGAGUUGUGUGUCCUCAGUGGUCGGAAACCGGUGGCUGUCCAAUGGCUUUAAAGAAGCGGCCCUAUCAACUGCCCUUUACUCGCUGCUAAAAGCAAAGCGGCGGAUGCUGCAAAAUCCACACGGCUUCAUGUCUCACUUUUACACAAUCUCGGAGCACAUUUCACCGUUGAUGGCUUGGGGAUUUUUGGGCACAAAUGAUGAACUCAAAGAGACCUGCAAGUACUUUAGGAAUCAAGUUGUCGGUUUUCUGCAGGACAUGUUCAGCUUUGAGAAAAUGAGGUACUUCAGCGUCGACACUCUGGGCGAAGACAUUUUUGCUAACAUGAAAAUCAGAGUGGACGAACUGAAAGUGAGAUUGGCACCACAGCAGAAAUAGUAGUUUAUCCACAACCUGUCCGUCAAGUUUUUAUUUACUGUUGGAUAUUUUUAGGAAUUUUAGAAAAAAUAAGUAAGACUUGAUCAAAAAGUCACUUCUUGUAAAUUGAUGUGUGCGAAAAACACUUGCAAUUAGCAACAUAAAAAAAUACAACAGCCUGUUGGAUUGUGAUAUUGGAAGCAUUAAACUGCAUCACCCUAUUUAACAAUAUCACAAUAAAUAAGUACUGCCUUUAAGAGUAACUUGUAAACUAGUCCGAGUGGUUGAAUAGUUUGCGGAUUGUUUGAAUCCCUACACUUUGUACUCUUUAAGUCAACAAUGUGCCACGUUAGCAUUUUCUCAAUUCAUUCACACAGGCAACUAUCAUCAAACUUUAACGCACAUUCCUGACUCAGAAUCGACAAAAUAGAAUUGGAGAUAUUUAAUCGAUGUGCUUGUUUACGUGUAAGAAAAUAAAUUAUAUUCUGACUGAAGGCAAUGCCAUUAUUUUC